AUGGCUCCGUUGAAUGAGAAGCAAGCCAAGCAUGAGGGCUUAGUUGAAACAUUAGAAAGAGUCGUAGGAAAUCCUAUCGCUGGAGAGCUAUCUCGUCCGGCUUGUAACAGGAGGCUCUUCGGAACCGCCGGCGAUCCUGUCGGGCGACGAGAAGGUUCAAGCCAGCACGCUCACGUAGGACUAUUAGGCUCCGUGACUCCGGAGUCCGGUCGCGCUGUUUGA